GCAGGUACUGCUGAUGGUCAUUCACAUCUGCACAGCAGUAGAUCAGUAGGGAUCCCCCGACAUAUUGGGUGCGACUGCUGCACCUACCAUUCAAGGCACAAGUUGAGGCAAUGGCUUUUCAACAUAGGAAGAACACGCUGGGAUAUAAAUCCAUCACCAUCCCCAUUCAUAAAUAGACGCAAGAGACCAGCGUCUGAAACUGAUUGGGAUAGUUGCUCUUCAACACCACUACACCACCCUUGUCUCAUAUUCAAGAUGGGUUGGAAAUCACGGUUCCCGCCCCCUAAGCACCUCGGUGGGCGACAGCUCGAAUUUGGAUCUCAGAUAGCCAAGUUAUUGGAUCAUGCUAAGAUUCCCUACGUGGCCUGCGGAGAUUUAAUGAACUUGCAUUACCAUAAUGAGGGCAUUGCGACUGCAUGUGAUAUUUGCUUUGUGGUUCCAGACGAUCGCCUGGAUGCCACUAUACGAGCGUUGCGAGUUGCUGGUUUAUCCGAGGAUCCUUGUACUGCUGGUGACAUUGGUUGCUGCUGGGCUAAAAUCCCAAUUGAAUACCCUUAUCCGUUCCCGUGGCCUGCCAAACACUUCCAUCGCUAUGUUAAGGGAGGAUUCGACGAGAAAGUAACCAGGUGCUAUUCUGUCGGUUUGCUUCGGAAGUCCCAGUGGCUCUGGCUCAUGCCCGAUCUUCCCCUUGAAUUUCCGGAGCCCAAUGACCCUAAUUUCAUUCUCUCUACAGACCGCCGUCUUCCUGAUUGGGAUAUGGAUGGUUUCGGCAACUCCUUCUAUCCCAUAAAGCUGCUCACUCCGGCGCGUUGGAUAGAGUCAUUGUUUAGCCUGCAUAUCAGAGAUUUGAGUGUAGAUCAACAUUUUGACGAACCCUGGUACCAUUAUGUUGUGGAGUUCCAUGAACGACUUGCAAGACUACUUCCUCCGGAACUUUUUCAUAUUGACCUCAUUCAACAACCUUUUCGCACCUUAUAUAUAGAGGAAGCGGACUGGCGUAGCGAAUUGGACUACAAGCACUUGUUGAUGGACAGGUUGUGGAAAGAAUGGCAGGAAGCUGGUUCUAUGCCAGACCCCAUUUACCCGUUCAAUAUCGAAAGGUAUAAGAAGAAUGUCAAGGAGAACAGAAAUGUGUGGUUAAUGCAAGAAUGGAUUGAUGAGAUCAUUAACCAGGAGUCUCCACUGGCCAUUGCCACAGGCUUAAGUUUACGUGGCAGGGUGGCAAACGCGGAAGACAGAUUCCGAUCAGAUGCUGUUGGAGGUUUAGAUAAUAAGUUAAGUGGUUGGCGCCCAGUGCUCUUUUCGAACGGGCCAGACACAGGGUUCAUACCAAUCCAUAGCAGACUUGGAGAGACAAAGACGGCUCCAUCACCACGUACGGCUGACUCCGUCUCGCCCGUCGACCCACCCUCUCAACCAUGGAGCACCAGCUGUAGCCAAAGACGCUUAUGCGCCAAAAGCACGUCUGUACAUACGACAGUCAGGAGAAAAAACGGCUAAAACAGGGAACUUCGUGUCCCAAGGAUCCAAGUUCCUUGAUUUGCUCCAUGCCUCUGUCCCCCCUCUCUCCCCUCAUGGGGCCGGGUCCCUGGCUCCUAUUACGGAGAUGGAGGGUGGGGACGACUUCAAGCUCGGUGGUUCUGUCGAUUUGGGGCCUUAUCCCGAACUGACACGGCAGGCCAUGGCUUUAUAAUGCUGCAUAAUAACUGUUUCACCGCAGGUCAUGAUCAUAAACGCUCAUCUGUUCUUCUUUCUCUGUCUCAGGAACUCAGAACACUAUCCGGAUAACAUGGAAGGCUUCAACCGCUCCGAGUUUCUAGGCACGGUAUUCGAGUCUACAAAGCGGUAGGUUCAGCUAGCAGUAACUUGACGCUAAGGAAUAAGUCUGACCUUGACCGUAACUCUGUUGGGUAGAUA